AUCGAGAAGAGCUCAUAGCUUACGUCAUAUGUCAAGACAUAUCCUUGUCCUCCUUUAUAUAUAAGAAAAUAAAAUAAAGGAAGUAGCUAGAAAGAAGAAGAAAAAUCCGACGACUCUGGAAUUUCCACAAUCGGCUUGGCUGCUACAGACUUUCGAUUUGAAGUUUUGAACCCAAAAUAUGAGCUGGUGGUGGUCUGGAGCUGUUGCUGCUACUAAGAAGUCGGAACCAGCCGACACGACAGAACCCCAAAGCGUGGGGCUAGUAAUCGGCGUCACGGGCAUAGUGGGCAACAGCCUAGCCGAGAUCCUCCCGCUCCACGACACCCCCGGCGGUCCAUGGAAGGUCUACGGCGUCGCGCGCCGCCCGCGCCCCAAUUGGAGCGCCGACCACCCCGUCGACUACAUCCAGUGCGACAUCUCCGACCCCGAAGACGUCCAGACAAAGCUCUCCGGACUAACUGACGUCACCCACAUCUUCUACGUGACGUGGACUAGCAGAGCCACCGAACUCGAAAACUGCGAGGCAAACGGCGCCAUGUUCCGCAACGUCCUCAGUGUCGUUAUCCCAGCGGCUCCCAAUCUUCGCCACAUCAGCCUCCAAACGGGGACCAAACACUACAUCGGACCGUUUGAGUGCAUCGGCAAGAUCCCGGCCCACGACCCGCCUUUCACGGAGGAUCUGCCGCGGCUCGACGUGCCCAAUUUUUACUACACGCUGGAGGACAUAUUGUUCGAGGAGGUCGAGAAAAAACCGGGCCUGACGUGGUCGGUCCACCGUCCGUACAACAUUUUCGGGUUUUCUCCUCACAGCUUGAUGAACAUAAUCGGGACGCUUUGCGUUUACGCGGCGAUUUGUAAAAAAGAAGGUCGGCCGUUGAAAUUCCCGGGAACAAAGGCGGCGUGGGAGUGUUACGCGAUGGCCUCGGAUGCAGAUUUAAUAGCGGAGCAGCAUAUAUGGGCGGCGGUGGACCCGAAUGCCCAAAACGAGGCGUUUAAUAUCAACAAUGGGGAUGUGUUUAAGUGGAAGCAGUUUUGGAAGGGUUUGGCGGAGCAGUUUGGGAUUGAGGAGUACGGGUUUGACGAGGAGGGAGAGCGGCGGAGCUUGGUGGAGGAAAUGAAGGGAAAGGAGGGGGUGUGGGAGGAGAUAGUGAGGGAGAAUGAGCUGCAGCCGACGAAGCUGGAGGAGGUGGGGGUGUGGUGGUUUGCCGACUAUGUGUUGGGUGGGGAGGCGGUGUUGGAUAGCAUGAAUAAGAGCAAGGAGCAUGGGUUUUUAGGGUUUAGGAAUUCGUACAAGUCGUUUGUUUCUUGGAUUGAGAAGAUGAAAGCUUACAAGAUUGUGCCAUGAAGAGCUUGUAUAGCUUGUAUUAUAAAUUCAAAGAGAUACUUGUUAUUUUUGGGUACGUUAUUUCGUCCCACUCUAAACCGUAGAUAAUUGUUACUCAGAAUUUUAUUAGUUGGGAAGUGUUCCAGUUUAACUAUGGUUAUCUAAACUACAUAUUAAUAAAAUUAUUUUUGUCAA